GCCUGCUUGCCUCACUCUCGUCUCACGCUCGCACACGGACAGAGCAUGCGCACUCUCCGGCCGUAGGAAGAAGAGAGUAGCGUUUGUUAUUACGAAAAGCAUUACCUGGACUAUAGCUUUAUAGUGUUCUAUCAUCGUCUUGUUUUUUUUUUCGUGUUCGUAUCAGGUUGACUUUGCGGAGAAGUGUGGUUUUCUAAUCAAUUCUGAGCGAAGACUCGCCUUGUGAAGUUCCUCCGUCGGUGUACAUCGGAAGCACAAACUCCAUCAGAAGUCGCAUAAGGAAUUGCAAGACAUUCGAUUUGCUGGAAAACGGCUUUAUCAGUCUGUAAAAAGGAGGAUAACCUAAAUCGUCAGUUUGAUAACAUUUUACGCAGAAAGAUAACUGAUUAGCAAUACUAUUAUAGCGUGGAGUAUAUGAUAAACAAAAUUUGGUCUGACUGCAAGGGAGUGAUUCACUGUGGACGGUAAGAGUGAAGCGUGAGCAGUGACUGGAUUUCUACCACCGCCAUGGGUCUCGGGAUCGUGGACAUUUUGUUGCUGACGCUAUCUGUGUUGGUGAGCGCGGUCAUCGGACUCUACCAGGGAUAUGUGGGGCGCCGCGCCACGCCCGAAUGCUACCUCAUGGGCUCGAGGAAGAUGAAGCCCUUGCCGCUGGCCAUGAGCAUGAUGGUGGGCACAGUGUCGGCCAUCACCAUCAUGGGCAACGCGGGCGAGAUGUACGCGUACGGCACGCAGCUGUGGAUCAUGGACCUGGGCAUCAUUCUGGCUCUGGUCAUCAUCGCUAAGGUCAUGAUCCCCAUCAUCCACCCCAUGGAGGUCGUCUCGCUGUACGAGUACAUUGAGAAGCGGUUCAACGCGAAAUGGCUGCGGCAGGCCACCGUGGUGCUGCAGCUGGUGGGCGGCUACUUCUUCAUGGGCUUCCUGCUGUACCCGCCCUCCAUCGCCUUACAAGCCUUCACGGGGCUCAACAUUCUCCUCAACAUCUUCAUUAUGGGCGCCACCUGCACUUUCUACUCUGCCAUUGGUGGCGUGAAGGCGGUAGUGUACACAGACGUGUUCCAGGCACUCGUCAUGCUGGCGGGUGUUUUAGCCAUCGUCAUUAUUGGCUCUCUCAACGUCGGCGGCCUCGACACGGUGUGGGACAUCGCCUACCACCAUAACAGGACGGAGCUCUUCAACUUUGACUUAGACCCAUAUCAGCGCCACAGCUUCUGGCUUUGCCUCGUACUGGGCUUCUUCUUCGCUCUGGGAUCGUAUGGCGUCAACCAGAGUCAGACUCAGCGCUUCUUCAGCACCAGGACCGUCCAGGAAGCCCAGAGGGUGCUUUAUUACGCUUCGGGUGGAAUGAUAUUACUGAGAGGGCUGAUCCACCUUUCGGGGCUGGCCAUCUACGCCCACUUCUACAAGUGCGAUCCCCUGGCGGCUCCUGGGGCUGGGGAACCUGCUUACGUGGUCAUCCUCUACGUGCUGACGGUGCUGACGAGAGUCCCUGGUCUCGCCGGCAUCUUCGUAGCGGCCAUUUACGCUGCUGUUCUUAGUUCGGUCUCGACGCAGCUCAACUCCAUGACAGCUUUACUGUGGGCAGACUUCCUCAAACCUCAUCCCUUCUUCGCUUCCUGGAGCGAUGUCAAGGCUGGAGCUUUACAGAAGGUUUUAGUCUUGCUCUCUGGUGUCGUGGCCAUCGUGUUGGGUCUAGCGGUGUCCAUGCUGGGCAGGUCCUUCCUAAGAGCACUCUUCGCGAUCAACGGCGCUCUCUCAGGUCCUCUCAUCGGCCUCUUCAUCGUCGCCCUCUGCCUGCCGUGGGUUAAUCUGAAGGGUGCUUCGUCUGGUUUCCUCGUUUCCAUUGUCAUGAGCAUAUGGUUAGCUUUUGGUCAGCUGUUGACUCAGACCAAAGAACCUUACCUGCCCAUGUCCCAGGAAAGCUGCCCUGCCACCAACACCACCGAUGACAGUAUUACUAUACAAACGGAGGCAGAAACUGAUGUUCACGUUAUCUACGGUUUGUCUUACUGCCUUAAUUCUUUCCUUGGGGUAGUCAUCUGCAUUCUAGUGGCCUUCAUCGUCACUCUGUUCACGGGCACUAACUCCCUGGAAGACGUAGACAAGAGGUACGUGAACGGAACAGCGUGGCGGCUCUUCGAGAAAUGGACCCUCAUCCAGGGCAGAGAAUCCCUCAUCAAGAAGCUACUCCGACGCCCAGCCUCUUCUCCCGCGGAAAAUAAGGAAAAUAAGAAAGUGGAAGAGAAGGAGAUCGAAUUGGGAGACCCUGAGGAAAAGGAGAUUUUGCCAAGUAACCGAGAUCUGGCAGAGGUGAAGGCGGAUGGCGAGGCAGCGGGUCGUGGGGCUGUUUAAGGUGAUUGUGUACUUUUUCCCUUAGACUGAAAGCACAAAUACUGACAUGGUUCUUUUUUUUUUUAAGUGCAUGCAAAAGACGGUGUUGAAAAGAGUGUUUGUGAUGGAUUUCUUCUUUCUUUUCUUGGUGUCGUAGGAAAAAAUAGAAGGGAAAGAAAAGCUGUUGAAGGGACUUUACGAUGAAAGUGCAAUGGCAAAGGAAUAAAGGCAGGGAGACAAAAAGGCUGGUGAAUAUGAGACAGAAAGUCAAAUGCAAUUUA